AUGGACCCCCCCGACUUCGUUGCCUCCACGUGCCCCAACGGCAUUGCCGGCGUCCAGGAUGGCAGCGUCUGCUGCGCUGAGGAGUGCAACGGUGUCUGCGGAGGCGAAGGCUGCGGCUCUAUCGUCGGCACCAACGGAGCCGAAGACUGCUGCUCUUCCACCAUCCUGACCACGGGGGUCGACUGCGACGUGGGCGUCGUGGCCCCUUGCAUCAUGCUCAACGGCACCUACACGGACGCCCCCAUGGCCGCCCCGACCUUCCCGCCGGUGGCCGCGCCCGGAACCACCGUGGCCCCGGGAGCCGUCGCCACCACGGAAGCCCCUCUCGCGGGGACCCGGGAGUUCCAGUUCACUCAGGCGCCUACCCAGCUACUUGACGUGAACGGUGACGGGCUGGUCAACUCCGCGGACACCGGGAUCGUGGGCGACACAAACGGGGUGGUCGAUUCGAUGGAUGAGGUGGUGGUCCUUUCCGCUUCCCCCACCGCCGCUCCUACUCCCGCCGCCACCACCGCCGCUCCUACUCCCGCCACCACCACCGCCUCCCCUACCCCGGGCGGGGCCGCGGACGGCACCCGCGACAUCGGCGACGUAACCGACGCGCCCACCCCGUCGCCCGUCAGAGAGACGUCGUCGCCGGCGGACACUAACGGUGAUGGAGUCAUCGACUCAGCGGACGGCGUCGAGGCGACCCCCGUUCCCUCAGCCACCGACGACGCGGACGCCACGGCCGAGGGCAACGGUGCCGUGUCCAUGACCAGGCUCCCCACGGGUGGGUCCGCCUGCGUCGGCGUGGUGGUUGCUGCCAUGGCUUUCGGCGGCAUGCUCCUCUAAGCCGUGGCGUGUGAAACGUCUACGAUUGAACGGGGGGUGGGGGGGGGGGGGGCUGGGGCGUUCUCUCUCUUCUUUCUCUUUGGGCGGGGUUGACGUCGACACCUUUGUCUAAAACGGCGUGAGAGUCGCCCACAUGUACGGCGGUGCAAAUAUGCGGGCUCUCUCCUGCUUUGGGGGGGCGGGGGGGGGAUGGCGUCGGUCGGGGGCAGACGGGCCCCUCAUGUUGAGACCGCCAUGCACCCUGCCCGUUGUUGGUGUUGGUGUCGUUGUUCCAGUCCACGAUUACGAUUCGCUUUGUUCACGAAAGGGGUUUCAUUCGCUUCCCCGUAGGCACUAGAUAUUGGUGUAUGCGUCCUUCCGUUCCCCCUGUCCUUGCGCUGCUGGAAAAAAAAGAAAAUUCCCUCAUGCUUGUUUCCUGAGCGCGCGAGGUUGUUGGUUUUGCUUUGGGGGAAGGGGAGGGUGCACAGCUGUAAGCGGCACUCGGGGCACAACGCUCUCUGUUUGAAUGACGGCCGGGUUUGAACCAAUGAUACCAUCAAGUUUUGUUAUUGUUCUGGGGCAGGCUUUGCAGCACGCGGGGAGGGGGGGGGGUGACGGGGCGGAGUGAAAAUGAACCGAGCGGGACUUCUGGCGUGCGCUGCUGGAAGGCACGGUUGAUCAAGCACUCAGUAGCGUAAGGAGUAGCGUGCGCGGAUUUUCUCCUUGUGAGAUAACUCCAGUCGGAAACAUUCCGACGGUGAUUCGUCCGCCCGCAUUGCGGCGGAAUUUAUUCAUGAUGUAUGACAAUUGCUCGUGGUUUUGGAGUGAACCAGUUUUUGUACCAUGGAAGGUUUCAUUUUGAAGCCAUGGCGGGGGGGGGGGAGAGUACCGGUUGUUCAGCGUUGAUACGAGACAGCAUGUCCGUGGUCCUGUUCUCUAGCGUCUAAUUUGUUGUAGCCUGUCUCUUGUGGAAUUUCACCGCAUUUGAUCAUUUGCUCCGCCGCUCUUGUGGGGCGGUUGGGGCCUGGCGAAUGUGGAAGGUCUCAUUCCGAGGCUGGUUCCGAUUGUAGAGGUGACUUGGUAGGUGCCCUUCCUUGUUGCCAGGAGUAUCUGCAAUCCCGUAUUUAUUCUGUGUACAAGUAGACCAUUGGGUUUGUAGAGACCAUGCCUUCUGUUCGCCUCCCUGAAACGC